GAUGUAGACUCCCUGGAAGCAGACUCACAUUUAGAAGAAGUCUGGAUCAAAGAAGUGAUUAAGAAGGCUGGGAUGAAGUUGAAAUGGAGCAAAUUAAAACAGGACAAAGUGAGAGAAAAUAAGGAUGCGGUAAGAAGGCCUCAGGCAGAUGCAGCUUUAUUAACCCCAAGGUCCCCAGUUGUUACUAUAAUGGGCCAUGUUGAUCAUGGGAAAACGACGUUACUUGACAAACUUCGAAAAACUCAAGUGGCAGCAAUGGAAGCUGGAGGCAUCACUCAGCACAUUGGUGCCUUUCUUGUCACAAUGCCUUCUGGGGAAAAGAUUACCUUUCUUGAUACUCCAGGACAUGCUGCCUUUUCAGCAAUGAGAGCCAGAGGUGCUCGGGUCACUGACAUCAUUGUAUUGGUUGUAGCUGCAGAUGAUGGGGUGAUGAAACAAACUGUAGAAUCUAUUCAGCAUGCCAAAGAUGCUCAAGUUCCUAUCGUCCUUGCCAUAAACAAAUGUGACAAAGCUGAGGCUGAUCCUGAGAAAGUGAAAAAAGAGCUGCUGGCUUACGACCUGGUGUGUGAAGAUUAUGGAGGUGACGUUCAAGCAGUGCAUGUCUCUGCACUGACGGGUGAUAAUCUGAUGGCUCUGGCAGAAGCAACAAUUGCGCUUGCAGAAAUGUUAGAAUUGAAAGCAGAUCCCACUGGUCCAGUGGAAGGAACAGUAAUAGAGUCUUUCACAGACAAAGGAAGAGGUCCUGUUACUACAGCUAUAAUUCAAAGAGGAACUUUGAGAAAAGGCUCGAUUCUGGUUGCUGGAAGAAGUUGGGCAAAAGUACGUUUAAUGUUUGAUGAAAAUGGAAAAACAAUCAAUGAGGCGUAUCCCAGCAUGCCAGUGGGAAUUAUAGGCUGGAAAGACCUUCCUUCUGCAGGAGAUGAAAUUCUUGAAGUAGAAUCUGAGUCAAGGGCACGUGAAGUUGUUGACUGGAGAAAGUAUGCACAAGAGCAGGAGAAAAAUAAAGAUGAUCUGAAGAUAAUAGAAGAAAAGCGAAAGGAACACCAAGAAGCUUAUCAGAAAGCCCGUGAGAAGUAUGGCACUUUGCACUGGAAGGAGAGAUCUUAUAUAAAGUACCUAGAAAGAAAAGAACAAAAAUCCUUAAAGCCGAAAGAGAAAGCAGAAAAAGAUUCAAAUGUACUUGCUGUAGUUAUUAAAGGUGAUGUUGACGGUUCCGUUGAGGCGAUUUUGAACAUUUUGGCUUCUUAUGAUGCUUCACACGAAUGUGAACUAGAAUUAGUACAUUUUGGAGUGGGUGAUAUUAGUGAGAAUGAUGUUAACCUUGCUGAAACAUUUGAUGGUAUUAUAUAUGGUUUUAAUGUGAAUGCAAGCAAUGUUAUCCAGCAAUCAGCUGCAAAAAAAGGAAUCAAAGUUAAACUUCACAAAAUCAUUUACCGUUUAGUUGAAGACUUACAAGAGGAACUGAGCAGUAGAUUGCCCUGUGCAGUGGAAGAGCACCCAAUAGGUGAAGCUUCAAUCCUUGCUACCUUCUCUGUAACAGAAGGGAAGAAAAAAGUGCCUGUGGCUGGCUGCCGAGUCCUAAAGGGACAUUUAGAAAAACAAAAAAAAUUUAAAUUAAUCCGUAAUGGACAUAUUAUUUGGAGGGGCUCACUAACUUCACUGAAACACCAUAAAGAUGACGUUUCGAUUAUCAAAACUGGAAUGGAUUGUGGCCUCAGUUUAGAUGAAGAAAAGGUAGAAUUUAAAGUGGGUGAUGAAAUUGUUUGUUACGAAGAAAGGGAAGUUUUAGCUAAGACUUCUUGGGAUCCAGGAUUUUAAAUUAAAAAUGGGUUGGGCAUUUGGAACGGAGUGCCUGGUCCUGAGUCUGGGCUUCCCACUUAAGGUUCCUGCUAAGAUGCACCCUGUUGAGGCAGGGGAUGGCGCAAGUACUUUGGUCUCUGCUACUCCCAAGGCAGGCCCAGGUUGAGCUCCAAGAUCCUGGCUUUGGUCCUGGCCCAAAGCAUUUGUGGGUAUUUGGGUGAGCCUGUAAAUGGAGGAUAUGUCUGUCUUUU